AUGUACAACCAACCUGUCUAUGCCGAGAACAACACAGAAACACUCUACCAAUUCAUCCGCAACAACCCCCUAGGCAUUUUGACAACUGCAAUCCCCUCAACCCUCUACCCCCUCCUCCAGUCCACCCACAUCCCCUGGAUCCUCGACUCUCCGAACCAAUCCAAUGGAACCACAAAAGCAAGACUCCGAGGCCACAUCGCCCGCCAAAACCCGCAAUCCAAGGCCAUAAUCGACUCCCUUCAAGAGUCCAACUCCAACUCCGGCUCCCCCCUAUCUCAAGAAAUCAUGAUCCUCUUCACCUCCCCACAUCACCACUACGUGACACCCAAAUUCUACACGGAGACGAAACCAGUCACGGGCAAAGUAGCCCCGACGUGGAAUUACAGUACAGUCCAGGUUUAUGGUACCUUGACUGCGUAUUUUGAUCCCGAGGUCAAAGAGACGGGGGAGUUUCUGGAUCAGCAGUUGCGGGAUUUGUCGGAUCAUUGUGAGAGGGAUAUUAUGGGGUUUACUGGGGAGGAUGGGAGGGAGGAGGCGUGGAGAGUGGAUGAGGCGCCGGAGGGGUAUUUGAAGGUGUUGAAGAGGAAUAUUGUGGGGUUGAGUGUGGAGGUUGAGAGGAUUGAGGGAAAGGUUAAGAUGAGUCAGGAGAGAAAACGGGGGGAUCGGGAGGGUGUCGUUGAAGGGUUCGAGAGGUUGGGGACUGAUAUGGCGAAGGAGGUUGCGAGGUUGGUGAAGGUUAGGGGGGAUAUGAGGGAUAGUCACAGUGUUGGGGGGUGA